UCCGCUUCACACAAAAAUGGCAGCAGACUGAGUAAUGGCAUUACUGCAGAGUGUCGCCGCUAUUCCCACUCAAAAUAAGACUCUUACACUCGUGGACAUUUUAAUCACAAGGGCACAGAAGCCAUCAGAUUCAGAGGGUCCAGAUUCCUCUGAGUGAUGGCUGAUUCAGACACUUCAUCCUCAUCUGACCCCCAGCCAAACAAACCCAACAAUCCUGUACCAUUGUCCUUCCCUUUUCUAAGAGGGGGUAGUCACGUCUGGGAGAGGAAACCGAAACCCGGGGAGCCACCAAGUCCACUUCCCACCAAGCGCAACCGCUCUUACUCUGCUACUGUGAGGUCCAGGUCUGGAACUGUGUUCAAAGGUAUCUGCAAAAACUUCUCCAGGUCCCAGGGACAUGGGUUCAUUCGUCCUAUUCAUGGAGGGGAGGACAUAUUUGUUCACAUAUCAGACAUUGAGGGUGAGUAUGUACCAGUGGAGGGGGAUGAGGUGACCUACAAAGUAUGCCCGGUUCCUCCAAAAAAUCUGAAGGUCCAGGCUGUAGAAGUGGUCAUCACCAACCUGACACCUGGAACAAAGCAUGAGACCUGGUCUGGACAAGUGAUUAGUUCCUAGCUCAGAUUUUCACUCCUUCCAGAAUGAAGAACAAAUGUUCAGACAGGAAGGCGUCUGACAGGAUAAGGAACACAAGGUAUCAAACAAUAUUCACAAGGAACUGUACUUAUAAAGCUUGAAGCUUGAAAUGCUGUUGUGUGUUAGUAGAAUAAGGCUGGAAUGGGAAUUUUUGCUGUAAUUAUUAUUAUUUUUGGGGCGGGAGGGUUGAGAAUUGUAUGGUAGGAGGAUAUGUUGACAUGAGGUUUGUUACUGGGGUCAGUUUUUCAAUCUUUUAAAAAUGCAGUGGUAUUUACUCCAUCUGGUUAGCAUUAUCUGUGUCUGUAUUUAUGUUAUCAUUUAUUUGUUUGGGAUUUUUUUUAGUUUUAGUGAAAAUGGAAUGAUAACGUAAUGAGUAGCACUUUGAAUACAACCGACAGAAAAAUUAAGUAUGUUAAAUAACCAUUCUAAUUACACAACAGUAAUUAUGAAACAAUAGUGAAGAUUAAUUUGUGUCAAAGUAUAUUUUAAUGACAUUGCAUCUAAUAAUAUGCAGUUGUUUUUGUUAAGAACAUUAUAAAAGCUCUUAAACCUCUUUUGUGUUAUGAUGGGAUGAUUGUUAGUGAGUAGUUGUUUUUUAAAGUUGCCAUAUCAUACACUGCCUUUACAUAUUUAACAAUUGUAUGCCAUAUAAAAAAACAUUAAAUGUCACUUAACUUGACUUUUACUUGAAUAAAAAACUGUGUGAUCAUUACAAGACGAAUAAAGAAAAUCAAUGUAU